AUGGCAUUUUUGGCUCAUAUAUGCUUCGCAUCCUUGUUCAGUCUCCUGAACGUUGGCCGAAGAUAUACUGCCUCAGUCGACACCUGCCCUAAAUUGAAGGAGGUCUACCGGCGAAUGCUAAGCAUAUUAUCACUUUCUCAGUCACCUUACGAAAUUGCAACACUUCUGAAAGAAAACAAUAUUCAAAAUGUCAAUCACGUCUUCUUUGCUCAUAUUCAGCCCCCUCCAAGCUUGCAGCCCAACGCCGAAGAACUAAGUGAAGUCAACGGCAAACUUGUCUGGGAUUUCGCCAACGCGUUGAAAAUUGCGAAGAUCAAGCCAAAUCGCUUCAUGCUGCGAAUUAGCAGGAAAUAUUAUGGUGUCCACCUCGGCUUGAGCAAGCAACUUUAG